AUGAAUAUCAUUCGUCUUAUCAAAUCUCAACAAAACCAACCAAUUAAUUCUCCUUUGAAUUCUUCUCUCUCUCAAAUAGAUCAAGCCCAUGAUAGAAUUCUUGAAUUACAACAAAACCAAAAUCUUUGUUUUGAUAAUGAAAAAUCUCCAUUUCUAAAUCAAUCACAAAAACCAAAAGAACCAAAAGAAGUAAUAAUUAUCAAUAAAACACAGUUGAAAAAAGAUGAUAUUUUAAAACUAAAAACUAUACAAUCUAUUCACAAAGACCAAAAAACAAAUAACUUAAAACCUAAAAAAAUUAAAAAAGAAGAAAUAAAACAAAAAAAAAAUUAUGAAAAAGGUACUAUUAGUAUGCCUUAUUCUAUCUCUUCUGAAGAAGAAGAAGAAGAAGAAAAUAGUUUUAUUAUUACAAAAAUACAAAGAAAUAUUAAAUAUAUGAAACAUAUUGAAUUAAUAAUUGAAAAUUAUAGAAAUGAACUUAGUAAAAAAAAGAAAAUACUUCAACAACUUAUUUUAAAAAAAAUAACAAAUGAAUUUCUCAAUACAAUAAUUAUUGAUGCAUUAUAUCAACUUGAAGAAUUAGAAUUAUCAUUAAAUGAUUCUAUUAUUACAUCAUUUAAAGGAAAUAUUGAAAAAUAUGAACAAGAAUUUAAUUGGUUAAACCAAAGUAAUUAA